AUGCAGCCGACCAUGCGAAUACCGCUGCGCCUGGCGCCCCGUCUUAUGAACAGCACGGCGCUGCCCGUCAGUGCCAUGCACUCCUCUGCUCUCAAGGCCGCCAACGUCGCCCCCGUCGUCGGCACCGGUCCGCCCCCCGAGGCUCCCAUCCAGCGCACCGUCAACGACGAGCGAGUCGACCGCCGCCGGAGGCAGGCCGAGAUGCUGCGGACGGCCAAGACGAUCCGCAGCGCCAAGGACGGCAAGACCUCGUCCUCCUCCAAGGACGGCUCGUUCAUGAAGCGCCGCUUCUGGAAGGACGUCACCGUCAAGGAGGUCGACGGCGCGCUGCAGGUGCUCCUCGACGCGCGCCCGCUGCGGCAUCCCAACACAAAGGCGAUUGUGCGCGUGCCGCUCGACAAGCCGACGCUCGCGACGGCCCUCGCCAUCGAGUGGGAUCUGCUCACCAGCGCGCAGCAGGCCACCAAGCAGCACCUCAUCCCGCUUACGAGCCUCGUCUGCCGCGCCGCCGACAUUGCCGCCGCCGACGCCGCCGCCGACGACCAGAUCCGCGUGGCCAUUGCCGAGUCGGUGCUGCGCUACCUCGACACCGACUCGCUGCUGUGCUGGGCGCCGCCCGCGGGCGAGUACGACCAGCGCAACGCCGCCGGCGAGUCCCUCCGCGACGUGCAAAAGCGCACCGCCGAGGAGACGGUGGGCUUCCUGACGACGCACGUCUGGCCGGGCAUCACCAUCAAGCCCGUGCUCGACGGCGACUCCAUCUUCCCUGCCGAGCAGGACGAGGGCGUGCGCGAAGUGGUCCAGAGCUGGAUUAUGGGCCUCUCGGCCUGGGAAAUUGCCGGCCUCGAGAGGGCGGUGCUGGCGGGCAAGAGUCUCAUCGCGGCCUCCCGCUUCAUUGCCGAGUGGAGCGUCGGCCCUGCGGGUGUGUCGAACGCUCAGCCUCGCGAGACCAGGUUUGGCGCCGAGGAAGCGGCUCGCGCCACGAGCCUGGAGGUGGACUGGCAGACGGGCUACUGGGGCGAGGUGGAAGAUACCCACGAUGUGAACAAGGAGGAUGUCCGUCGCCAGCUCGGCAGCGUCGUUUUGCUCGUCACUGGCACAAGCAAAUCGUCGUAA